AUGGUGAUACUCCCUAAUGGUGAAAUAGAAUCGGAGGAGGAAAUAGACAAGAAUGAAGAAGAGAUUAACAAUCCUUUCGAUAACGAAGAUGAGAUAGAGUUUGCUGUUGAAGGUGAAAUGCUCGUUGUUAAAAGAAGUCUUAGUGCACAAAGCUCUAUAGGUGAACCGCAACGCGAGAAUUUGUUUCAUACCCGUUGUUAUGUUCAUGGAAAGGUUUGUAGCGUUGUAAUCGACGGUGGAAGUUGCACGAAUGUCGCAAGUACACUUAUGGUGGAAAAACUUGCUUUGGCAACUUUUAAGCAUCCAAGUCCUUAUAAGAUGCAAUGGCUCAAUGAAGGAGUCGAACUUAAGGUAACCAAACAAGCAUUGACUCCCUUCUCAAUUGGAAAAUACCAAGACGAGAUUUUGUACGACGUUGUACCCAUGCAUGCGGGCCAUUUACUGCUUGGGAGGCCGUGGCAAUUUGAUCGGCGAGUCAAGCACGAUGGGUUCUUUAACCAAUAUUCGUUUAAGCACAAAGGCAAAAAUAUCACUUUAGCCCCAUUGUCUCCACAACAAGUUAAUUCCACCAAGCAGCUUCGAUUACGCUAUAUUCCCGAGGAGAGAAGAUUCAUAUUGCAAGAAAACGGUAAAACUGAUCCUCAAAUCAAUAAUCUCAAGGAUAGACAAGGUUUGGUUUCUGAAGAACUAAAAACAUCUCUAUUUUGUUCAAAAAGUGAUAACAUUCGUGAAAAUGACAAGUUUGAUGAAGAACUUUUGCAUGAUUAUGAGGAUGUUUUUAGUGAAGCCCCUAAAGGGUUACCACCUUUAAGAGGGAUAGAGCAUCAAAUUAACUUAGUACCUGGAGCUUCAAUACCAAAUCGACCAGCCUAUAGAUGCAAUCCCGAGGAGACAAAGGAAUUGCAAAGGCAAGUUGAGGAAUUACUAGACAAAGGGUACAUUCGUGAGAGCCUAAGCCCUUGUGCCGUUCCUGUCUUAUUGGUACCAAAAAAAGAUGGUACGUAUCAAAUGUGUGUUGAUUGCCGCCCAAUCAACAAAAUAACGGUAAAGUAUCGACACCCAAUUUAUAGACUUGAUGAUAUGCUUGAUGAAUUACAUGGUUCAGUCAUAUUUACUAAAAUUGAUUUAAAAAGCGGUUAUCAUCAAAUUCGAAUGAGGGAAGGGGAUGAAUGGAAAACAACCUUUAAAACAAAAUUUGGAUUGUAUGAAUGGUUAGUUAUGCUUUUUGGCCUUACUAAUGCACCUAGUACAUUUAUGAGAUUAAUGAAUCAUGUUUUAAGGCUUCACUUGAGUUUCAUAGUUAGUGCUCAAGGUAUUCAUGUCGACGAGGACAAAGUUAAGGCAAUUAAGGAGUGGCCGACUCCUAAAUCGGGACAAGGUAAGUUGAGUAAAAGACAUGCCCGAUGGGUAGAAUUCAUUGAAACAUUCCCUUAUAUGAUACAAUAUAAAACAGGUAAAGAUAAUGUAGUUGCAGAUGCUUUGUCUAGACGAUAUACUUUAAUAACUACAUUGAAUGCUAAAGUCUUAGGGUUUGAACAUAUUAAGGAGCUAUAUGAUGAUGAUGCUGAUUUCAGCAAUAUCUAUAAGAAUUAUGAACAUACUACUUUUGAAAAAUUUUAUCUUGUAGAUGGCUUUCUUUUUCGUAUAAACAGGUUAUGCAUACCAAAGUGUUCCAUGAGAGACUUAUUGAUUCAUGAGGCCCAUUGUGGGGGUUUGAUGGGACAUUUUGGAGUGGCCAAAACA